AUGGCUCAAAGUAAGGAUAAUGUACCAAACGUUCCUCCAGGAUGGAAGGCAGUCUUUGAUGACGAAUACAGUACAUGGUUUUACGUAGAUCUCUCUACAAAGGCGUCGCAAUGGGAGGCACCCAAGGGAACCACUUGGCCCUCUGAAGCUAAAAGACCUAGUGGACCUCCACCACCACCAAGCUAUAAUCAAAGCUCGGCUGCCCCACAGCAGCAGCAGCAGCAGCAAGCGAGAUACCAACCCCAACCUCAAGCAUACCCGCCACAACAGGCAAGGUAUCAACCGCAACCUCAAAUGUACCCACCACAGCCAGUUUAUUACCAACAACCAGUCAUGCAACAACAACCACAACAACAGCAAAGAAGAACUGGUGGUGGUAUGAUGAACGGUAUGAUGGGAGUGGGUGCAGGUCUUCUUGGUGGUGUGUUACUAUCUGAUAUGAUGGAAUCUCAUCAUCAACCUCAAGUCAUUGAAGAAAAUAACUAUUAUAACGACGAUAAUAACAAUGAUUAUGGUAAUGAUGGGGGGUAUGAUGGUGGAUUCGAUGGUGGAUUCGAUGGAGGUGAUUGGUGA